AGCCCAAUUUACAAAAUCAGCUAACUCUAUUGAAGCUUCGUCGUAUCAUCUUGUAUCUUUUUGGUGAAGAAAGUGGCUCAUCUCAUUCCUUAUCUUGACUUCCUGCAAUCGCAAGGAGAGAGAAAGCUAAAAGGCAGGCAUGGCAGGUGUUGCAGGAGGAGUAGGUAUCACAUGGCCAUCAAAGCUUUCCGCCAUUAAACCAUCUUCUUCCAAAUCUAAGCACCCUCUUUCACCACAUUUUAAUGGCCGAUUUUCAACAAGACUCACCCCUCUUUCCUGCCAAAGUAUUUCCAUGGAACCCAACAAUACCACCCACUACGAGUUUUCUGAUGGAUCUUCCGAUUUGGAGCUAAGAGUGUUGCUAAAAGAUACAGGGGUGCAAAGUUCUAAAGAAAUACAAGUGGACGUUGAUGAAAGUUCCUUAGCUGUAAGAAUUAAGCAACCUGGAUCCAUCACAACACUGAUGGAAACUAAACAGCUCUAUGACAGGAUUAAACCUGGGGAAACUAUAUGGUAUCUUGAUGAGGACCAAUUGGUUAUCAACUUGAGGAAACAAGACCAGGAGCUCAAGUGGCCUGAUAUCAUGGAAUCCUGGGAAUCCCUUAGUACUGGUGUCUUUCAACUUCUCAAAGGGACAUCAAUCUAUAUAGUUGGUGAUUCCACAGAGAUCAAUCAGAAGGUUGCUGAAGAGCUUGCAGUUGGUCUUCGGUAUACACCACUUGAUACGAAAGGCUUGCUGGAAACAUUUGGAAAGCAAAGCAUAGAGUCCUUGAAUCAAUAUCUGCUUUCAAAUCCAGGGGUGAAUACAGACGGAUCUGAUGCUGUGGCAGAAGCAGAGGCAGCAGUUUUAGAGAGUCUAAGUAGCCAUGUUCGAGCCGUUGUUGCAACAUUAGGUGGCAAGCAUGGAGCUGCUGGAAGAGCAGACAAAUGGCGGCAUCUUUAUGCAGGACUUACAGUCUGGUUGUCACAAUCUGCAGCAACAGAUGAAUAUUCAGCCAAAGAAGAGGCAAAAAAGCAAGUCUAUGAAGGCUCUGAAUCUUAUUCAAAAGCAGAUGUAGUUGUCAAGUUUGACAGUUGGGAUGCUUGUUAUGCCAAAGCUGUGGCCCAGGCUUCCUUGAGUGCUUUAAAACAGCUAAUUUUAUCUGAUAAAAAGCUCCCAGGUAAAAAGAGUCUAUAUAUAAGACUAGGAUGUCGUGGAGAUUGGCCAAACAUCAAGCCUCCAGGUUGGGAUCCUUCCUCGCCAACUAGUAUGUCUACUAAUGCAUAGUAGAUUGAGUAGAUGAAUUGCUCCUCCGGAAAUAGAUCUUAAAUUUGAAAAUGUUGUCUCCUUCAUGGGGUGCUUGUUAGGGCUUGUAACAAUCAUUGUAUCCUCAUAGUUUUAUGUUCAGCAUAUGUACUUUGGAACAUUUAUGAUAUAAUAAAGUGCUUUAAGUUUCCUCA